UGCGCACCAUCGAUCACUCUGCUGCCUGGCGUUGGACGCGACGCACCGCCAUCUUGAGCCAAGCUGUUGGGCCUGUGGAUUAACCUCCUUCUCUCGCAAGCCAUGGCAAUGGAUGCGCAGCAGCAGAACAAGAACUUGGAGGGCGUCAAGAAGGAAGUGCAGACGCCCAAGACCAACGAGAAUGGGAGCGAUAUGGACAAUUUCCGAGGCGGGAGAGGAGGUGGCCGCGGCAGCUUCCGUGGCAACCGGGGCGGAGGCCCUGGCGGCGCUGGAGGCCGAGGCGGCGGCAAUGCGUCUUCAGGCACAGUGCAAACCUCGACACCGGUGCCCGGAGGUAUCGGCAGCCUAGGGCAGAGUAACAAUCUCGGGCAAGGUGCCCAGGGCGGUGGCGGCGGCGGCGGUGGCGGCGGCGGCGGCGGCGGCGGGGCGAGAGGAGGCUACAACGACCGCAAUGAGCGUGGUGGAGGAGGAGGAUUCUAUCGUGGCGGCAGAGGCGGCCGUGGGGGUCGCGGCGGCGGCGGCGGCGGUGGCGGAGGCGGAGGCGGUGGAGGAAAUUUCAACCAAGGCGACAGAGACAAGUUCCCUCACGAUAGGGUUUUGGAACGUCUGAAGGCCCUCUCAGGACCAAUGAUUGACUUAGUGCCUCGUGAAGAAAAUGUCCGGAAAUUCUCAAAUCAUUGCCGACUUUGGGUUGGAAAUCUUCCUCUUGACAUCAAGGAAGAUGAUGUUAAGGAAUUGUUCAAACCAUUUGGAGAGUUUGACGAAGUGUACUUUGACAAGAAUAAAGGCUUUGCAUUUGUGCGCAUGGACUAUAAGAGCAAUGCAGAGAAAGCAAGGCAGGAGUUACACCUGAAGGACUACAAGGGUCGGCAACUGAAGAUCAGGUUUUCUUCACCAGGCACAGCCUUGAAAGUCAGGAAUCUGUCCACUUGGGUGACAAAUGAAUUGCUGGAGAAGGCAUUUAGUGUUUUCGGAGAGCUAGAGAAAGCAGUCGUGAUCACAGAUGAACGUGGUCGUGCUACAGGUGAAGGUGUUGUGGAAUUUUGUAAGAAGCCAGCUGCUAAUUUGGCUCUCAAAAAGUGUCAGGAUGGUUGCUUCUUUAUGGUAGCGUCACCACGUCCAGUUAUUGUAGAACCAAUGGCUGUAGUGGAUGACAAUGAAGGCAUGAGCGAGAUCAAUGUAAACAAGCGAAACCCCGAGUACAUCAAGGAAAGGCAACAAGGUCCUCGUUUUGCUCAGCCAGGAUCCUUUGAAUAUGAGUAUGGCUUAAAGUGGAAGCAGUUGUAUGAGCUAUUUGACAAGAAGAAAGACUCUCUGGAAAGGGAGUUAAACGAUGAGAAAAGGAAACUUGAAGAGCAGAUUGAAUAUGCAAAAUAUGAGCAUGACACAGAAAUGUUGAGAGAACGUGAGUUAUUAGACCUGAAUUUUAUGUAUAUAGAAAUGUGUAUAUAUAUUUAUGUAUAA